GCCGAAACUACCGAAGAGUUUAUCAGUCAGCUGUGGAAAUCCCCAUUCCGUCGAAGUGAUGUGGACAAAUGGUGGAAACACCGAGUACUUUCGUGUUUUAUACAGUACCGACAACUUCCUACAGUCAGUUAUAGAUCCAGCGACGAUCUACAAACAGGUGGACGGAAAUGACGUGUACAGUGUAACUAUCGACAAACUAGAUGGGGGGACAGCUGUACUUCUUUAAGGUUGUAGCAUACAACUCGGACGGUAACAUCACAUCACUUGAGUCUUCAGGAUGUAGAGUCCAGGAAGAUUUGUCAAACAGUCCGAACAACCUGUACAUAACUGGAGUUGUACUGACGUGUGUAAGCGGCCUAAUAAUCACGGUAGCUUUGGGACUUGGAAUCUUCAUCACCCGAACAGGGCGUCUGUCAUUUCGUUCCAGCAAAUGUCAGCAACGCAAGAGCCAGGAAUUAGAUAACGUGCAACUUUCAGGGCGAGCAACGAUUACGCAAGAAGACGAAAGAUCCUACCAGCACCUUGAUACAAGCCAGGUAGCCAAAGCCUCUGUUUAUUCUGAAAUAAGAACACAAGAAAUUGGAGGUGACAAUGAUGAUGAAGCCAAUCAGAGCAGUAACUACGAGUCUUUGGAAGGGCAGUCCAAACCAAACGUCUAUGAGGAGCUACAGACCGUUUCAUCUGGUAGCAGCGGUUUAUACACUAAUACCACAAUAGGAAAGGGCACUGCUUAACAUGGCGUAUAAAACGUCAUUGAGAAGAUUUACUAUGCUUGCUGGGAAUGUACACAGACACAAACGCAAAAGAUGUAAUGAGAAACCUAUAAUCUUCUAGGCAUCGAUUUGUUUUUAUUUGACGCAAUAGUUUGAUGUUAUCAUUUUGCGAGUCGUUGCGACCAGGAAACACAUUUCCGCUUAUUUCAGUAUACUUCAUAAUCCCGGGAUCGUUCGUGUCAUGUGAGAUCAGAAAUGAACAGGAAGUAUGUAGAUGAGCUAAAGGCGUGCAACUGAAGUUUGUUUGUAGAUGAUUAAUAUAAAAUGUCCAUGUAUCAAAGAUACCAGCAAAGCACCUUUAAUCACUGCAUGUGUACAAUAUAUCUCGAUUGUGAUAAUAACAAUUCAAACAGGAUAUAAAGGAAUGUUUUAUCCUUACAUCUGACUUUUUAAAAUUUACGAAAUGCCUCAUAUCAUUUAGAGAAACAUGUCAUCGGUAAUGCAGCGUCAAUAACUGAUUAAUUGUAAACGGAUUUUAAGACAUGAAAAUUGUAUAAAACUUCUUUCUGACGUCAUAUUUACGUUACCAGCGAAUAAAACGCCAAACGACAGGUUUUUCCUGCGCAGAUUCCUUAACUAUUGUAUUCCUGUCACACACAAAGAGAUGUUAGAAGACUUGUUCCUCACUACUGUUUGCGAAAAAUAACUAAAAAUAUAGAAAAGUCCACACUAUUUACAUACAGAGUUGCUGCAGUAGCGUAAAAUGUAGGGUUUUAUGAACCUGAUUUCAUAUAGAAGUUAUCAUUGUGCUGAGGUGAAGUUAUCAUUGUGCUGAGGUUUCUAUGGCUGCCAUGUAAUAUGUAAUUGAUACCUUAUUCACAUCCAAAAUCAUAGUUUGUAUAACAGACUACGGUGAUGUACAAUUCGAGACGCAUUGGAUUUAUAAACGUACAUUUAUAUAUUGUUUGGGAUAUAUUAUAUAUAUAUAUUUUUUUAAAUUUCAUCAUUCGAACAUAACUUGCUCUCCAACACAGGAUGAUAUUUUCAUGAUAUCUGUUUUCUUCUAUUUAUUUUAUUUUCUAAAGUUUAAUAUUAGAUACUUGUACUCAACCAUUUUUUUCAAACAUCCACAAAUCUUAAUAAUAUCAUACAUUUUUAUUUCUGAUUUCCUAUUGCAUAUAUAAAGUUAAUGGCUUAAAAAUGAUAUCUGUUCAAACCAUAUCACAAUCAUUUCUUUUCACACUGUCUCAUAACUUGCGUUUUUUAGCAUAACAAAGUAAAACUCAUAACACCAUACCCUACUCCUCUUUUGAACUUAUCAGACAUCAUAGAAACAUAGUAUACAGUUUUUGAAAGUCGUAUAAAUGCCACGUUGUUAAGAGAUAGUAUUUGUUUACUUCAUCUAUGGAGGCUUCAUGUGGCAUAUUGUUUAUAAUGUGUAACAUAACUCGUGAUUAUGACUAGAGAAAGACAACUCUUACGAAACGUUAACCUUCAGGUCACAGGUUAAACAGCUUGUAAACGACAUGUGAUGUUAUUUAUUACUUAAUUUCUAUGGCGAAUACACUUUCAUGUUUCUUUAGUAAAGGGUAUGUCAAUACUUUUUUACUGUUUGCAAGUUAUAACCUUCAAUAUUUCCAAUAAUUAUGUUCUCGUAGUUAAAACAAAUCGUUUCCGUAUAAUUGUUACAAUCGAUUAAAAAUCCUAUAUUGCUUACAUACGUUACUUAAAAUAAAACAUAAAAUCAUGAUGUCAAAACUUCACCAGCGGUACGUUUUCCUUUCUUAGAAAUAACUGCUAUUGUUUAUUUCUAUAAUUACCAAUUUUGAGACCAAUCU